AUGAUUUUCAAUUCCGAAAUCUCAGGUGAAUAGCAACAUACAACAUCCCCUGUUGUAACAGGAGGUAGUGUUAUUGCAUUGGUUUACAAUGGAGGAGUAAUUGUUGGGACAGAUACUCUUUGUAGUUAUGGAAGUAUGGCUGCAUUCAAAAAUGUAAAAAAGAUUGCAUAAAUAUCCAAAAACACAAUUUAUGCAUCCAGUGGUGAAUUUUCUGAUUUCUAACAAGUGGUGAAGGAAUUAGCAAAAAUUGAUAGAUCAGCCUUAUAAUACGAUGAUGGUGUUCAUCCUUCACCUAAAGAUUAUGGAAAUUUCUUAGCAAGAUUGUCCUAUAAAAAAAGAUGCAAAAUUAACCCAUUAUAUUUACAGAAUGUCAUAGCUGGAUUUCAUAAUGGGGAAAGAUACUUAUCACUCGUGGAUAUCUAUGGUACAUAUUUAGAAUCAAACUUCAUUACAACUGGAUUCGCAAGCUACUUCUGUAAAGCCAUCAUUAGUAAUUAUUGGAAUGAAAAUUGUACUCUUGAUUAGGCCAAAUAAGUAAUUAGAGAAUGCUUUAAAGUCUUAUUCUGCAGGGAUUGCAGAGCUCAUGAUGUAAUUCAAUUGGCAUAUGUUGAUGCAUAAGGUGCUCACAUUGAGGAGCCUGAAAGAGUGGAAACCAAAUGGGACUUUAAUGGAUUCAAAUCAAGGGCUAAUGAGAAAUUACACACAUAAUGAACAUUAUUAUUAUAUGAUUUUUAAUAUUCACUCC